AUGGAAGUGUCCCCCGAUGCAGGAUUAAAUGCGGAAGAGCAGGCGGAAUGGCAGCGCUUAAUGCUGGCUGUCACCUACAAGACAACAAUCGAUAGGCUCGUUCUGCAGCAGCGCUCUCAGCGCCUAAGCAUGCAAAAGCCGCCGCCACGUUUACCAGCCUCGCUGCGUCGGCUUCGCAGCUCCUCGAUUGGGCAGCAGGCGAUGCCUCAGCGAGUGCUGCUAACGGGUAAAAGGCUGCCACGACUACAGUCGUUGCUCGGCGACACAGAUCAGGAUACGGACAAGCUGGAUGAAUGUGUUCUAAAUGCGCUGAAAUACGAAAGGGACUUAGAUGCCCUGCGCGGGUUCUUUCAUGCAGCCAACGAGCAGCUAUUCAUGAGUAGCGUGGAGCUGGAAAGAGAAAUACCAAGUCGCCUGGAUCUGGCUAUAUCCGCGCUGAGUGGCAAUAACAGCGAGGAGUCAGUCGCUGUUCAGCAGCUUCAGCAGUCCAAGGAUGAGUUACAACAACUGGAAGCGCAGCUGGAGCAGCUGAAAAUCGACGGUGCAGCCAAGCUGCAUGAGACGGAGGAGCGCAUAGCAGAUGCUAAAUACAACUUGAAGUGUGUCUCGCGCGUCAACGAUCUGGAGUAUAGUUUGGUGGAGCGUUGGGAGGCAUCACGCAUCUCGCAGGCACAGAUCUGGGGCGAGAAUGCAGAGCGGGCCUACUUACGAGACAUCCUCGACUACAAACAGCGGCUGGCGCGAGAGGAGCGUGUCAGCCAGGAGCUGGCUGCCUUUCGCCAUCGCGAACUGACCGAUCUGCAGGAGCGCAUCGCCGACUGGCAGAAGCGUUAUGCCAACGAGCUGCGUCGCGUCGAUCGUGAAACUGAGGCUUGGGAACUGCGCAUUCUAGAGCAGACGAAAUCACUGGCGCAUCAUCGCGUGGUGAAUGCCCAGCAUGUGGAAUUCGUGCGGGAGUAUCGCGCCAAGAAGGAGGAGGAGCAACGACUCCAAGAUCUCGAGGUGCAUCGCAUGGAGUGUGCUAUCAAAUUGCAGGCCUGGUGGCGUGGCACAAUGGUGCGACGUGGUCUGGGACCCUUCAAGAAAAAACCGAAGCGCGGCAAACGGCAGAAAGCCAAAAAGUAGUGAAAAUAAAUCUUUACGGCAAAAAUAAUGAAACGAUAAUUUUGAGAUUAGU